ACAAUUCCAAAAACAUCGAUAUAUCAAUAGUAUCGAUAGUGGCACGUCGAUGUGACUCCAUCGCUACCGCUAUGGCGCUGACAGAUGUCUUGGAAUUAAAUAAAACCGAAUUAUUUACGAAAAUACGCAAUGGCCUGCCAAUUGUGCCGCAAACGCAAAAUCUACUCGACUGCAAGGAUGAUCUGCUCUACGCUUGGGACUCAAAUGAAUCCUGCUUGCUGGUGACAAAUUGGCGCGUCGCGCAACUGCAUCCGGAAUCAAAGAGUGCCGGCAAACUACUCGUCAGCUAUCAGACGCUAAUACCAUCGAACACUGUUGGCCUGUACGUCGAUCGUGUUGUGGUCUCUAAUGAAGGCUCCCUGGUGGCGUUGAGUGGACCACAAGGCGUCUCCAUAUUGGAGGUGCCUCGCCGGAGUGGACCCAAUGGUAACUUUAUGGAUGGCAAGGCAAAAAUCACGUGUCGCACAUACAGUUUAGAUGCGUUGCUGUUUCAAAACAAUCCGCAACUGGAAGUUCGCCAAGUGCGUUGGCAUCCGGAUUCCGUCUCGGACUCCACGCUUCUUGUACUGUUCUCAAACAACACUAUUCGUGUGUACAAUCACACCAAACUACGUCAUGUGUGGAAAGUUGGACCGCAUACAGUGAAAACGGGUGCAAAUACUUCGCUUUCGGACUUUGGUGAACUCUCAGUUGAUUUUGAUAUUGCGCCAGCUGUCAAGUCACGCAAUGAAGACAGCAACAUACUCUCAACCACCACGAACAGUUUGAACCAAAGCAACAAAACACUUGCGGCCGCAAAAGCCAAGAAGGAAAGAGUCGAGUGGCCCAUUGUCAUAUUGCGAGAGAAUGGCAACAUCUACAUUUUGCUAGCCGGCAUCGAUUCGGAGGUGACACGCCUGCAAGGACCUAUAACCAUAUCACCCCAAACUAGUGCCAACUACGGUCUGGAAUCGUGUGCUCUAUUGAUUAUACCUUCAUUGCCACCAACUGUAAUCAUUGCAGAGUCAACUGGCAAGCUACAUCAUGCGUUGCUGUUAGAGGCAGAGACCACAGAGCACUAUUUGAACGAGGUGGACGAUGGCUUGCUUAUUGAACCUUCUGAGUGGACACUCCAUGUCACGGAGACUGUAGAACUCGAAUUGGGUCUUUCCUCGAGCGCGGCCAAUGGAACCGGCGACAUAUACAACUGUCCGAUAUAUUUGAAGCGUGAUCUUAUCAACGAGAUGCGUUAUUUUGCCUACCAUAAUGCGGGAUUACAUAUUAUCACUGUCAACUUUAUAGCCGAGUUGCAACGUUUCCUGGACAGUGAGGCCGCAGACAAUCAACUAGCUUUGGCGUCGGCCUCGAGCGCCGAAUACAUAUUGUGCACCAAGUUUGAUUCAAGUGAUCGCAUCAAUGCCGUCUUUGGCAUUGCAUUGCUGCAGAUGCCCGCCGGACUUGUAUUGUUGCUGAGCAGCGGCCAGGUGAUCAGUCUCAAGCUGGUCAUCGAUGCCCAAUUGCUCAUGACACCCAAGGAUCAGACUUUGCGCAAAGUCACGGAUGCUGUCCUGGAGCAACAGGGCAUGGGUCCAUCGUUUGUGGAUACCAUUAAGGGAUUGCUGCAGCGCAGCGUCAGUCAACCCAUAUUGGCCAACAAAUUGAAUGCAUCAUCGGCUCACGAACGCUACGAGUUGCUUAAUCAAUCCAUUGAAGUGUUGCGUUCCCAAUAUCUUAAGCGCCAUGAGCUGGUGCGCGCUGAAUUCGCCAAGCGUAUCAAUUGCAUUAAGCUGCAGAAGAAACAGCAGCUGGAGGAGAUCAAGAGUCUGGAGCAUGAGCGCGAAAUUAUCAGUGAGCGUGCUCACAAACUGGCCGAACGUUUCGAGGAGAUCAGCGAUAAUCAGGAGCUUCUUGUACGCCGUUGCCAGAAGCUAAUGCAGGAGGCCAACACUACGCUGCCCAACAAUGUGGUGGCGGAACGUGAAUUUACGCUUGAGGUGGCACGCAUCAAUAAGGCCACCAAGAGCCUGGCAGCUGCCUUGGAUACAGCCAAAAAGACGUCGAACAAACAGCGCUAUCAUAUUGGCAAGUCGCAGGAGAGCGGCAAGAGCAGUACCUAUGAGCUGCCCGAGAAACAGCAACGCACCAUAACCGAUGUCUUAACUCAGUUGUCCAGCGAAAUUGAUCGUCAAAUUGCCGAUAUCAAGCGAAUGAAUAAGAUUGUGGGCACAUAAUGUGCCGAAAACAUAAAAAAAAUGUGUAUCUUAUGUAUUGAUUCUUUAUAACACAAAUAAUUAAAAUCUAUGUAUGUUUAA